AUGACCCAGCAGAAUCAAGCAGCACCGCCGAUUACUCCUCCGGUUCCCCAGCCGGAAUCAGACUAUUACUGGGAGAAAUGCAAGGAGCACGAGUUGUGGCUCCGCCACUGUGUUGAUUGCGACAAUACCUAUUUCUACCCCAGGGAUAUCUGUCCGGCCUGCUUUUCCCGAAACACCGACUGGGUUCAGAGCAGCGGCAGGGGUACGCUCCAUACAUUUUGCAUCGUGCAUCGCGCUCCGACGCCAGCCUUUCGGGACAUGGUUCCGUACAUCCCGGCUAUAAUAGAACUCGAAGGUGGCGCACGCAUCAUCAGUCAUGUAGUCGACAUUGAGCCCGACCCUGAGGUCGUCAAGUGCGGGAUGGCAGUGCAGGUGGUCUUUGACGAUUUGACCGACACUAUAACCCUACCCAAGUUCCGGCCCGCCGACUAA